AUGUUCUACUCUGGCUGGAAGUUUCCCACACCGCAGCGCAUUGUUGUGGGCGAAGGCCAGCAUGGCACCAACCACUUUGUCCAGGAGACGUCCAGCCCUGGCAUCUGUCUCAUCCACUUUCUUUCCAGCAACAUGCGGCUUGGCCCGUCUGCAUCCGCCGCCAACAACGUCGCGCGCAGAGAAGGCAAUGGACGCAUUCACCUUAAGAGCGACGUCCCGAUUCACCCGUACAGUGGCGUGUUUUACUUUGAGGUGGAGGUUCGAUCCGUCGCAGCAGCGGCUGGCGGUGACGGACGCAGCUUUCCCCCGAGCUCGGCUGAGCCUGAACUUGUCAUUGGAAUUUGCCACGAAUCUCUUCCGCAGCAUGCACUGCCCGGUGAGGACUCGAGGAGCGUUGGCCUCUUCACGGCCCAGCGCAUGGCGUACAUAAACGGAAAGGGCGAAGGUGAGGCGGUGCGCUUCCCCACUGGCGCACGUUACCGUAGCGGCGGCGUGGCUGAGGGCAGCACAAACGAUCACCGUGCGAGAGGGAUGAAGGUUGGGGAUACCGUUGGCUGCAUCGUCAACCUCAUGGAUGGUACCGUGCGCUUCACCUUCAACGGCGAGCUGCUAGACGUCGUGGCCACGCUGAGUCGCCGCAUGCCACGACACGGUUACUACCCCGCCGUAGGCAUGUUUCGACUGCUUCCCGCAGUUUGCUUGCGAGUCGUGUUUCCGCCGCUGGGCGGUUCUGCGUCCGUCCCGCGGCCCGCUAUGACACAGAGGGCGCCACUACCACCACCGGCAGCGGAAUCGGCGGUGACAGCUACUACUAACACGAAUUCUGCGGCAGUGGCAGGGCUGGGGUCGGCGGCGGCGGCUGCUGCUGCUUUUUUCCCUCGACAGGAAACAAGAACGACGGCAGCUGGGUACUUUUUAUUUAACGUAGACAGGUACUGUGAAGGCAUUGCAGACGAGUUGGUUCGCUUACAUCAACAAAAAAUCGCCACUGAUAUACAGAACGAGGGCGAGGAGGGGGCUGGUUGCUCCUGUCGGGAUGCGAGUAUUAUGGCUGUCAUACGAAAACACUUGGCAGCACGAGGAAUGACGAAGGCCCUGUCGGCCUUUGAGAAGGAGCGAAAGGAGCUGCAUUGCGCCACCGCCACCGCCUCCCCUCUUCAGGAGGGAAAAACGGUGCAUAAUCCGGAGAAGGCACAUGCAACACGCUCAGAAGAAAACACCAAGAAAAAUUUAAAGCACAAUCUACAACGUAGGACUAAUGUUGGCUUACACACCAACUUGGGCGGCAAAGUGGUGGAUGAGGAAAGUCAAACCAUUGCCUACAGUCUUCAUAUUCAGCAGUUGCGGGAAGACAUUGGUCGUGGCGACAUGUUCGCCAGCACACAGCGAAUUCUUAUCACCGGUGUUAUAUCCCCCACGAUGCGCAACAAAAUUUCCGCCGUGAUGGAGGAUGUGAAUAGGUUGCCUAGCGACUUUUGGGGCACUAUUUUUUUUGCACAGCGGCGGGACAUCCUCUUUCUGUUGCGGGCAGCGCACCUGGUGGAAGUCACUCUUGGCGCCAUGGAGGAGGGACUCGCUGCGCUGCGCUCGCGUCUCGCUGAGAGGGAAGAGCCAAACAGGGGCGCGACGUUCGAAGCCGCCGACGCGACCUCUACAAAGGCGCCUCUCACGACGGCUGAGCUCAUGAAGCUUGCGUUUCACAUUCUUCUUGAGCCCUUUGAUGCGGUGUCGGCGGCCGCCAGGCACUACCAGUGUGCCCCCUCCGCGGGAGUGCGAACAGGGGAUGCGGUAGCCUUUGGCAUGCUUGAUGAAGCCUUUGCCAAGAGAGAGUCCGGGUGGGUGAGCGACGAUCUGGCAGCCCACCUCUUCUUCAAGGAGGACAAGGCCCUGUGGUCUGGACCAGAGGCACCGAUUACACUGCUGGUGCGACGCAGCGUGCCAAACAUACCACCACCGAAACCGAAACAUCAGCGACGCAUCGUCCAAACGCUCUCCAUGCUGCUGUCGCACCAACGUGCCGUGUGUACCCGAGCGGAGGAGCCGUGUUAUGCGAAUGCGUCUUUGACGUGGGCAGAGGACUGGCUACUGCUCUUGCAAGACGCAAAGGUGCAGUAUCGCGCCACUUGUUGGCGCCUCCUCCUUCACGCCAUUGAGGAAUUCAACGGCGCCUUGGAGUGUCGACUCCUGUCCUGGAUAUCUGGGCACGAGGAGGAGAUGCAGAAGGCUGAAAAGGGAGGGGGAUUGGGCCAACGCGGCGCCACCGCACAUCGGCACGAAGGUGUAGGGGGGCGCUUGUUCCCCUCGCUCCGGUCAGCGUGGCGCCAUGUUCAUGCUGCGGCUGCACUAGAGCCACUGCUCAACAUCGUAACAAAGGCCUUUAGUGACAGGCUCCAUCGCGCCUCCACGUCGGCACAACUCGCCACAAUGGCGACACAGAACAAUACAUCAUCUUACUUUGAAAAGGGUCCAAAGAGAGGCCUUUCCUUCCCAUGUGUUUUUAUGGAUAGUGAACAGGACGAGGAUGACAUGCAGCCAGGUGAAGCCGCAUCGGAGCUUGCAAGCACGUCCGCUGCAAACCACGGCAGCCACAACAGCCGCAGCGCUGACGCGUGUAGGAGGGUGUCGUGUUACAAUGAUGAUGUUCGCCUAAGUUUUAUGUAUAUGAAAAGUAUCUACAAGGCCGCUUUUGCGUAA